AUGACCCGGCGACACAUGGAGUCCCGAGUAUUUGCAUUAUUUCUGGCUUGCCUCCUCGGCGGAAGGGUGUCCAGGUGUCAGGAUGAGUGCGGGGGGGUGUUCACCGAUCCCACGGGAGUCGUCCAGAGCCCCGGGUACCCCGCGGAUUACCCCAACAACGUCGAGUGCGUUUGGUUCAUACAGGCUUUCGGGAACCGGGGAUUCCGCCUCAGAGCUUUCACCCAAGAUAUGGUUUUUGAAGUGCCAAGAAGGAACUCGAAAGACGAGUACACAAGGCAACAUAUUGCUCGAAGGCAACGCACAUCCCUUUCUUCUCAUGCAACUGGAGCAGAAAUUCAACUUCAGGCAAUGACCGGGAAGACGCAGAAAGGAACUUCAUUAAUAGCAAUCGGAAGUGACAUUUUCCCCCUUACUGCGAAUAGAGAGGCGACGAGUCGCACUCCACUCGGAAGACCUGCACCUCUCAGGCUUCGUCUCGCGGCUCCCAUCAUGCCCCUGUUUGACCGGGCAGUACAAGACGGCCUCGGGGUGACCCUCGUGUUCGAUGAGGUGAACCUCGAGAAUAGCCUGGGCUGCAGCGCUGACUUCAUCCACAUCUCGUACGGGGAUGCGACCUUGACCCUAUGCGGAAACCCUAGCCUUGACCCGUUGGACACCGGCUUGUCCCGGAUCAACAUCGUCUUCAAGUCGAAUGCCGACGGGAACGCGGGGCACCGAUUCCGAAUCUCUUACUUCACCGAUGGGACGACUGGAACUGGGGCAACAACAGACUCAACGUCUUCAACUGACCGGACGACGGGCGACGGAAGCGACUCGACGUCGCAAUCGACUGACGGGACGACGCCGCUGCCCGGCGAGUGCCCGUCGGACUGGGAGGCAUUCGGCAUCGACUGUUACUACUUCGUCACGUCCGCGGAGGCGGCUGCGACGUUCGACGAGGCGCAGGACGACUGCCAGUCGCUGGGCGGGAACCUGGCCAGCAUCCACUCCCAGCCAGAGAUGGACUUCGUGGCGGGACGCCUGGGGCAGGCAAAGACGUGGAUCGGCGCCAUGGAGACCGGGUCUGGCGUGAGCCCCGAGAACCCACUCAAUUUCGAGUGGGUCGACGGGAGCAACGUGGAUUACCACAACGUAAAUGAUAUCGCAGAGUUCUCGACCGGAGAGAACGGGCCACUCGUCAUCGCGCCCGAUCGCUGGAAGAACCGCGACUGCAACGACGAACGGUACUUCAUCUGCGAGGGAACCAUGAGCAACUGCCUGCCAGGCUGGUCGACAGCGACAGGCUACUGCCUGUUUGUGGGCCAGAGCAGGCCGAGAAUAUUCGAGGACGCAAGGGAUCUGUGCGGGUCUUCGCCCAACGCAGACCUGCUCGUCAUCGGCGACGAUGAGGACAAGCAAACCGCCAUCGUGAGCCUUUUUGGCCUCACUGACCCCACUCUCAACGGGUCGGAGUACUGGGUGGGACUACGGUCCCUGGACGGAGGAUCGUGGUCAUGGGUGGACGGAUCGGGGAUGGACGUGGAUCGGUGGGAGUCCGGGUACCCGGCCCCGGACGGAGGGCUCUGCGGUGUCAUGGUCGCCUCGACCUGGAUUGACAGCCUCCCGACCGAGCGCAACGCCUACGUCUGCAAGGCCCGCUCCACCAAAGCCCUUCCGUGGAAUGGGGGGGAUCCUAAAUAAAGACUUUUCAUAGCUGGGGAGCUACACCGAUACUUGGAUCUUUCAGUUUCGUUCUUCAUCACAUCAUGUGACUUUUCAUAACACCCAAAUGAGAAAAUUAUGUGGC